GCUUGUGUCAGUGACACUGCCGCACACAUGGUUAAUAAGAGUUUCACAUGUGGUAAAGCAGCAGGUUGGGAAGAGAUGGCGGGCGGCGCUGGAGAAUGGUGCCUGAUGGAGAGCGAUCCCGGGGUGUUUACCGAGCUCAUCAAAGGGUUUGGUUCCUAUGUUGGCUUUCUUUGCAAAGAAUCUUUUUCUACAGAGGGUGCGAAUAAAUCGAUUUAAUUCAACAUAAAGAUCGAAUAUAUUGGGGAGGUUCUGAAGGUUGUCAAGGAGUUCAAGUAGAAGAAAUUUGGAGUUUAGAGCAAGAACACUUUGAAGAUCUCCAACCAAUGCAAGGUUUAAUUUUCCUUUUCAAAUGGCAGCCAGGAGAAGAACCUUCCGGAUCCAUAGUUCAGGACUCCCGUCUAGACACAAUAUUUUUUGCAAAACAGGUUAUAAGUAAUGCAUGUGCAACACAAGCAAUUGUCAGCAUUUUGCUGAAUACAACUCACCCGGAUAUAGAAUUAGGAGAAACCCUGUCGGAAUUCAAGGAGUUCACUCAAAGUUUUGAUGCAGCUAUGAAGGGAUUAGCAUUAAGCAACUCCGAAGUGAUUCGACAAGUACACAACAGCUUUGCAAGACAGCAAAUGUUUGAGUUUGAUGCAAAGUCUUCAGCAAAAGAUGAUGAGGAUGCCUUUCACUUUGUCAGUUAUGUCCCCGUCAAUGGAAGACUAUAUGAGCUGGAUGGCUUGCGAGAUGGACCUGUUGACUUAGGUGUAUGCAAUCAAGAUGACUGGAUCAGUGUGGUAAAGCCUGUUAUAGAGCAGCGAAUGCAAAAAUAUUGUGAAGGUGAGAUACGCUUCAACUUGAUGGCCAUUGUAUCAGACAGAAAGAAGAUUUAUGAGAAGAAAAUUGGUGAAUUACAAAAACAACUUGCUGAGGUAGAGCCAAUGAAGACUGACCAUUGCAACAGUCUAAUAAGCUCAAUACAGUCCGAAGUUGCUAAAUAUCAACUCCUUCUGGAAGAAGAGAACCAAAAGAGUAAAAGAUACAAGAUUGAGAAUAUCAGGCGAAAACACAACUAUCUUCCGUUCAUCAUGGAAUUACUAAAAACUUUGGCAGAACAUCAGCAGUUAAUACCACUAGUGGAAAAGGCCAAAGUAAAACAAACCAGGCGACUUCCGGAAUCAAAAUGAUGGGCAUAUUCUCACUGGAAAUAUGUAGUGGGGCAAAAACAUAUGUCAAGCAUAAGUCUUUUGUUGUUGUCCAAAUUGAAAAAAAAAAAUUAGCCACCAAGAAUUAUAAUGUAAUAUACUGUACACAUGUUGCACAUUUUCCAGUUUUAUAUUAACUUUCAGUACUGUUUGCAACCUUAGUGCAAGUAAGAUCAUUUGUCUCAUACUGUACAGGUAUGGUACAGAUUUAUCAGUGCACAUGCGAUUCAUCUCACAUAAUGUGUAAUAUCAGAAUCUGGGAAAAAUAACGCAAAUGUUUUCACGAUGGCAUGGGAAACACUUUCUGUUUGUAUACUGAUUACAACUUCCUACUGGGCAUUUUCCUUGGACAACCAUUUUUUACAUUUUUUUUUUUUUUUUUAUAUAUACUUACCUAAUUGGGAACAAGCUAGAAGGGUAAGCCAAGAGUUUCACCCUAUAUUGAAGAAAGAUCUAUAUUUAAGGGUUGACUCCUCAGGAAUGAACAUUUUGGAAAGCCAGGAUGCCCCCUCCCUCCCUUCUCGUUGUUGCCUAUGAUAAGUCCAAAAAUACCUUUUUUAACUGAUCAGCGAACCUUUUGCUCCUGUCUCUACAUCAGUGCAUCAAAAAGGUGCAAUGUUCAUUGCAAUAUUAUUAUUGCCACUGUAACUUGGAAUGUUUGCAGCCAGAGGUGGUGCAAUUAUGGGAUUUGGGUGCACAGCCAAUAUACUGUAAGGCUCUGCUUCUCCCUUAUUUGCAAAGGGAGGAUUAACUCAUUUAAUGUAUGCUGACAUUCAGGAGCCAAGGUAAACAGAUAUUGGCUAAAUACAUUUUCAUUAAUUUUGCAUCUACCAUUAAACCUUUAGUUCUGGGUGGGAACACAGACGUGUUUACUGUACAUCCGGAAAGCAUUCACAACGCUUCAGUUUUUCCACAUUUUGUUAUGUUACAGCUUUAUUCCAAAAUGGAAUAAAUUAAUGUUUCCCAAAAAAAUUCUACACACAAUACCCUAUAAUGACAAAUCUCAAAAAAACUUUUUUCACAUUGUCAUUAUGGGAUAUUGGGGGUAAUUCUGAGUUGAUGGCGCAGGAACUUUGUUAGCAGUUGGGCAAAAUCAUGUGCACUGCAGGGGAUGCAGAUAUAACAUGUGCAGAGAGAGUUAGAUUUGGGUGGGUUAUUUUGUUUCUGUGCAGGGUAAAUACUGGCUGCUUUAUUUUUAUACUGCAAUUUAGAUUGCAUAUUGAACACACCACACCCAAACCUAACUCUCUCUGCAAAUGUUAAAUCUGCCUCCCCUGAAGUGCACAUGGGGGGUAAUUCUGAGUUGAUCGCAGCAGCAAGAAAGUUAGCAAUUGGUCAAAACCAUGGGGGUAAUUCCAAGUUGAUUGCAGCAGGAUUUUUGAUAGCAACUGGGCAAAACCAUGUGCACUGCAGUGGAGGCAGAUAUAACAUGUGCAGAGAGAGAUAGAUUUGGGUGGGGUGUGUUCAAUCUGCAAUCUAAUUUGCAGUGUAAAAAUAAAGCAGCCAGUAUUUACCCUGCACAGAAACAAUAUAACCCACCCAAACCUAACUCUUUCUGCACAUGUUACAUCUGCCUCCCCUGC